UGGACUCCCAGCUGCUGCUGUCUCUCUCCAGCCUCGCUCAGCUUAGUCAUGCCUGCUCGCUAGGAUCCUAAAUGGCUGACUGGGGGGGGACCCCUUCUCUACACCCCCCCAAGCCUUAGGAAGGCUGAUCUUAUGGGGGGAUCCCUAGUCAUCUCCCCGCAAAGCGUGCUCCUCCUUCCCGAUCCAGAAUUCUCCCCAUUUAGGGGCUUUUGCACACAUUUAUCUCCCGGCCUCAGGAUUGCAUUGCGGAUUCCAAAACAGUGCUGUCCUCCCCCCGCCCGUCCUGCCCUCUCUUCCCCUUCAUUGGCCAAACUCAUUUCCCCCAACCCCUGGGAUAGGCUGCCUGGCCCCGACGUCCCGCCCCUCUCCUCCCCCCCGCAGGGUAAAGUGCUGCGAAGUUUCCUAUACAAAGUUAAGAGGCGUUCGAAAGCCAUCCUUUUUUCCACCUUCUAAAAAAACUUCCAGAUCUGAGAGUAAGACUCAGGUAAGGAUGGAUGGAAAGGUGAAGAGGAAGGGGGUUGUUGUGGGGCAAUAGUAUGGGUCACCGGAGAGGGGGGGCCCCACAAUUUUAGGGCAAGCAGCUCUCAAGGGAAGAGGGGGGCGGCGGCGGCAUGAUUUGGUCCAGCGGAGGGAAUCCCCGAGGGUCGCUGAUGCAGGGUUACCAUGGCAACAGCCCCAUCAGCUCUCCCGUUGCCCCUUUAGGGGGGUGAGUUGGUUGUGAUUUCACCUUGCCUUCUGGAAGAGAGUUGCUGCUUUUUCGGGUUAUCUAUCUAUCUAGAGAGAGAGAAGAGAGUAGGCUUGCAGUUUCUAUGGGACUCGUUUUUGAGAUCCCUCCAGGUAUACUCCCCUCCCCCAACCACCGUUGCCUUGCAGGUAACUUUGGUUCCAAAACUGGCAUUUGGCUCAGCGAUCAAUGCAAAGGGAAGGGUCUAGACCAGAUCCUUUUAUGCGUGGUUUGAGAGGGGCGAUGCUGGAGUUGGGAGAGGUUCCUCUGUCCCAUCGCAAAAGCCCACCUGUGCCCAUAUAUUGUACCCGGUUGCCACCCGCAUACACAAUCGUGCCCACAUACCCUGCAUGAAUUAAUCCAGAAGAAUUUAUUCACCGGUUCUGUAUACUCUUGAGUUUGCAAGCCCCUGGAACCCUUAGGGUUGUGUUUUGAUGGAGAGGCGAGAUCUUAAUUGGCUGUAUAAUCCUCACUUCAACCUUUGGAAUGUUUGUAAGGGGUCCAUCUUUUCUGCCUUCCAAGCUGCCAGUGCUACAGGGUGAUUUAUUCCUGGUGGUUGCGGGUUUUUUGGCUGUCAUGCUCAACAUUCGCACACACCGCUUUUUGAACACCCUAGAGCUUCACACCUUCAGUUAUCUGUCAGGGAUUACAGUGGUACCUCGGGUUAAGUACUUAAUUCGUUCCGGAGGUCCGUACUUAACCUGAAACUGUUCUUAACCUGAAGCACCACUUUAGCUAAUGGGGCCUCCUGCUGCUGCCGCGCCGCCAGAGCACGAUUUCUGUUCUCAUCCUGAAGCAAAGUUCUUAACCUGAAGCACUAUUUCUGGGUUAGCGGAGUCUGUAACCUGAAGCGUAUGUAACCUGAAGCGUAUGUAACCUGAGGCACCACUGUAUUCAGCUGUGAUUCCUCCAUUGCCGAGGGUUGGGCUGGAUGACUUCCAAGUCAUUGAUUUCAUGACUGUACGAUCUCAGUAACUGUAGUUUUGCACAUGUUUACUCCGGAAAGUAAGCACCCAUUCAGUUCAAUGGGACUUCCUACCAGGUCAGUGCUUACAAGGUUGCACCCUAAACAAGGUUGCACCCUAAACUGGACUUGUUAUUUAUUUUUAAAAUUAAACUUAUAUCUUGCCCUUCCUUCCAAGUACCCCAGGGCAACUGCUGAGGAAUGAUGGGAGUCCAACAAGGGCUGUAGCUCUCCCCACUUGCUCCAACAACUUGAGUUAUCUGCAGCAGUGCGUGUUUCGCAUCCACAACUCACGCUAUUUCCAGGGGGAAGAGCUUUAUUAAUGGGUUGCAUCGAAACCUACGAAGGGUCUGAUCAGAGGUACAAAGCCCUUCCAUUUCUUGUUGGACUCCAGUUCCCAUCAGCCCACAUCAGAAUAGCCCAGUUGGUCACGGAUUAUGGGAGUUGUAGUGGAGCAACAUCUGGAGGGCUCCACGUUGGCAUUAUGAGAUGCCCUGAAGAUACCAGGCAGCUCACGUACAAUGGAAUCACCAUUCCGGGUUCCUGCCCCGCAACAAGCCCUCUCACAUCCCUGCUGAAGGCUGCCAGGACCUCAUGUAGAAUCAUAGAAUUGUAGAAUUGGAAGGGAUCCUGCGGGUCAUCUAGUCCAACCCCCUUAUUGCAGCUAUAUCCUGCUUUUUUUCUCCAAGGAGCUGAAGUUGGUGUACAUGGCUCUCUUCCUUCCUUCCUCCCUCCCUCCCUCAACCUGCACAACAGCUGUGAAGUAGGUCAGACUAAGAGGUCAUGCUGAGAGGGGUUUUGAAUCUGGGUCUCCCAGGUCCUAGUCCAACAUGCUAACCGCCACACCACCGCGGGCUCUCUUGUUGUCCUCUGAAAAAUUUAAAAAGUGUUGUUGUAGAGAGAGGCCCAUUUUUGUCCCUGCCUGUGUCGGGUGGUGCUUGGCUGCCUGUAGCCACUGCCGCCAAGGAUCCGGCCCGGCUAGGUUCCGCUGUCCCACAUAAAUCUCCUAUUAAGGGCACCGCUGCCAGGGUUGCUAUGGCAUCGGAGCUGGGGGGGGGGCAGAACUUGAGAGCGACAAAACAAGGCCGUUUCCUGCUUGCAUCUUCUGAUGCCUGCUGUAAAACCACAGCCUCUUUGUACGUUGAGAGCAGGAUCAGAGGACACAGAAAUAUAUGUACAUAUUGGGGUGCAGUGUGACUUUGGGGAUUUGCGAUUGUGUGGUGUUGAGAAUUAGCUUUGUCCCACAGGAUUAGGCUUCUGAAAGAGGAACAAUAGUGCCUAUUUCACUCCAAGGAUCCUGCCCCAAAACUUUUCUCUUUUCUCCCAAUUUUCGGAAGGGAGAGCUGCUGCCAGUCAGUGCCGGCAGUGCUGAUCCAGAUACACCAACGGUCUGACUCACUAGAAGGCAGUUUCCUAUGCCAGUUCAAUGGAACGGAAGGGCUGUAGAACAGUGGCAGAGCACCUGCUUUGCAUGCAGAAGGUCACAAGUUUGAAUCCCCAGCAUCUCCAAGUUAGGGCUGGGCAUGUCCUGCCUGAAACCCUGGAGAGCUGCCAGUCCGUGUCGACAACACUAAGCUAGAUAGACCAAUGGACUAACGGUUUCCUACCUCGAGAGGCUUGUCUCCAACUCAGUUUUACUAUUGAAACAGAUGGGUCUAAUUUAUACCCUGAAUAUGGCAAAAAUUACAUGCACCUGCAGUGAGUGUCAACAUCCAUGGGGACAUGCUUUUAAAAAAUAAGAUAACAUUUAAAACUGCAGCUUUUUUCUUCCUUCUUUUUCUCAAACUUCCAGAUUAGGAAUUCUCUGCAAAAAGGUGCUUUUCCUUCGUAUAACCACGGGGGCCUAGCAGGAGAGGGGGGGUGGGAACCCAAACCAGCAAGGCUGUUUAAAAUCCCGCGUCCAAAAAAGGAAUAGUGGAGAGUUACUUGUUGUGGGGGGAGCAGGAAUUAUUUCCCUUCUGGAGCUCCCUAUGGGAGUCGAAAAGCUUGGAGUUAAAUGGAUUCUGGGGCAGGAGGCAAGAAAGAUCUUGUCAUGUCCCUCCAGAGCAGUCUGGGCUGGUCUGCUCAGCAAUUUCCACCUGCUAAAGUAUAUUAAAAGCGUCUAAAAAUACCUCCCUCCUUUUCCCCAAAGUCAGUCUCCUGUUCUGACAGCUGUUCCCUACAGGGAAGGGGUGCGGUGAGGGGGAUAUUUAACAAGAAUGUAUUGCAUGGAGGGGAGAGAAGAGGUCUUGAAAAGUAAAGAAUUUACUUCUCAUCUCUUAACAGCAGACCAGGCCGGCUGCAUUGCUAAAUCCUGGAAGACCUUAAUCUUAAUCAUCGGGAUUGCUGUGUUUAAGGGCUGGCAGAUUGCCCUACUUGAAGAGAUGUCCCAUAAACUAAAACUACAUAAUGGGCAGAGCUCGAAUGACCAUUUUUAAUUUUCAUAUAUGCCUUGAUUUUACUUCUUCUACAAAAUACUGAGUUGCAGGAUCACUCAGUGCCACCAGUAUAUGCAAAUGCCAGAUUCUCAACAAUAAGGGAGAUCACAAGUGGAGAUUGCUUUUAUUCAUACCAAUACCAAAGGGAAUAUUUUUAAGAGACAAUACUUUAUUAUCCUUUUACAGCUGCAUUGGAUCUUUGUAAUUUUGUUUCCAAACUGCGAAUCUUUAUGGUUUAAAGUUUUAAUUCUUUGUUCAAUUUCUUUUUAUUACAUUUAAGAAGAGAAUAAAAAUAGAGGUUUUUAUAUAUGGGCACCUCUUUUUUUUUGUUUAAGAGGAGGUAUGGAGUGCCUAUUCCUUUGACACCUGUGCGUGUCCCCCUCCAAAAACCCACCAACUUUGUCCCAGAGCCCCAUAGAUUUGCAUUUUUUUGUGUUUGCAAGAGGACUUGUUUCCUCUUCCUCUCCUUGCUUUCGGAGUGCUGGUAAUCAGACCGCGUUCAGAGUCCGGCAUAAUUUGGAUUCCCCACAUUCUCUUUCCAGCAAGAAUAGCUCUGCCUGGAAGACGUUUUUAAAAUUGCCCACGCAGUCCCUCUUUCCCUCCUUUCCAAACCAAUAAGGGAAGAUGUUCUUCUCUUGUCUAUUCUGGGUUGGCUCCAACUCAAUCCACUUCAGAGUAGACCCAGAGUUUUAUCUAUUGUACGUUCUACUCAAAGAGUACAUUCUACUUGAAGGCUGUAUAUACACCAUGCAUCUGAAGCACAUUCCGCCCCUUCCAAAGAAUCCUGGGAAUUGUAGUUUCCUAGGUGUGCUGGGAUACGGGUGGCACUGUGGGUUAAACCACAGAGCCUAGGACUUGCCGAUCAGAAGGUUGGUGGUUCGAAUCCCCGCGACGGGGUGAGCUCCCGUUGCUCGGUCCCUGCUCCUGCCAACCUAGCAGUUCGAAAGCACGUCAAAGUGCAAGUAGAUAAAUAGGUACCACUCCGGUGGGAAGGUAAAUGGCGUUUCCGUGCGCUGCUCUGGUUUCGCCAGAAGUGGCUUAGUCAUGCUGGUCACAUGACCCGGAAGCUGUACGCCGGCUCCCUCGGCCAAUAAAGCGAGAUGUGCGCCACAACCCCAGAGUCGGUCACAACUGAACCUAAUGGUCAGGGGUCCCUUUACCUUUUUAAGCAUGCUGGGAAUACUUUGGGGUGAGUGCUUUAAAUGUACGGUGUUUAUACAGCCUAAGUUAGUCAAAGCCAUUAAAUUUCAAUGGGUCUGCUCCAAAGACCAGCAUUGGGUACAACCCUGUGACUCAACUCCAUUGAUUUUGUUACAGGUGCGAGGCUGCUCAGUCACCCAGCUCGUCGCAAGUUCCUGCUGUUGUAAACAAAAUGUGCCCUUUUUCCCUUAUGGGGUAUCCAAGAGGCCAUAUAGAGUCCUUACGUAGGUUCCCUAUUGGUAGGAGAAAAUAACAGAGGCCAACCAGAGAAUAUUGAGAAGCAAAGCAGCUAGUAAGCCUGAUCUUUAUUGAUCUGUUGCAACAGGGUCCUCACUCACCACACAACGGAAGGGAGGAAUGCAGAACAAUGGUGUGCAAGGCCUUAUAUAGAUUUUCGAAAUUGCCACCCUGUAGAUCAAGACCACCCCCAGAAACAUCAUACAUACAUCACAGAAGGGCUGAAAUCUGAGUGCUUUGUUUACCUCCUGCCUGCCAGGUUACCUGUUUAAUGGUCACUUGAUUGGAUUGCCUGGAUAGCCUGGCCAGUCUUUUGUAAUGAUAAAUACUUAGUUCCUGAUCCAGGUCACAGGCUCACACCCUGUUCAUAUCUUAAAUGUGCCCUUAAGACAGGAUUUGUGAAGGAAAAAGACAAUGGGGAGGUUUCCCACUUUGACCUUGCAGAGAAAUAAUUGAGGUCAAUUUGUUCAGGACUUUUUUUCUGUCGAGUUUUCAGACAUGUGGUUUAUAUAUUUAUGUACGUGUUUGCUUGGUACAUUUAUGAACAUUUAUUACAUAUUUAACACCUUAAAAUUCUUAUCACACUGCGGAAUAAAGGAAGGAGUCCAGCCACCAACCGGAGCAAAUAGCUGUAGACCAAAGUUUAUUGCGCAACAGGUUCAAAGAAGAAUUUUGAACCCCGAGGAUGGGGUGACAAGGACUUUUAAAACUUUCCCACCAUAUCCCAGAAUACAGUUCGUACAGCAUCGUUGCUACAUCACUGACAUGUCACAAAAGGAGAGAGGUAGACAGGGCUUACACUAGUUUAACCUUGACAAACAUGUCCAAACAAGUCCUUGGUAUAAGAUUAGCAUAAGCAGACAUGUCAGGGCAAGACCCAGGUAUAAGAUGAGCAUAGGGAGACACCUCUGAAGUCCCACCACCCAAAGUACAAUAGAACUUCCUUUUCAUGUCUGGACCCCUUGGCAAGUCUGGUGAUGGGAUUAGGCUUUCCUUGGCCAACAAUCAGCUCAGCAAUGGUCACCUCUGGGCAGUUCCUGGGGUAGGAGGUGUGUAUACACGUCCUCACGCUUGGGUGGGUGGCAGGGAAAAGAGUCGUUUUUUCCAAGGGCAAAAUAGUGUCGAAAUGGAGUGAAAUAAAUAAAUUAAGGUCUUAUGUAUAUAAUAAAGGUUCAUAAAUGUACCAAGCAAACACGUACAUAGAUAUAUAGACCACAUGUCUCAAGCUGCACAGGAGAGCAGCUCUGCAUCCAUUUUGACUCCCAGGCUGACCAGGUGUUUUCUCUGUGAGGUCAAAUGGAGGAGCCUCCCCAUUGCCUUUUCCUUCACAAAUCCUCUCUUAAGGGUAUAUCUGUGUAUGAAUAGGGUGAGCCUGUGAUCUGGCUCAGGAAUUACUGUAAAGUACUUAUCAUUACAAAAGACUGGCCAGGCUCCCCAGGGUAUCAAUCCAGUAAGCAUUAACAGGUAACUUGCCAGACAGGAGAUAAACAAGGACAGGAGAAAAACAACAUUCAAAUUUCUGUUUUAGACCACCUUUUCUGUGAUGUAGGUAUGAUGCAUCUGAGGGGUGGUCUUAGGUUACACCCCUUCCGUGAUGUAUGUAUGAUGUUUCUGGGGGUGGUCUUGAUCUACAGGGUGGCAAUUUCAAAAAUCUUUAUAAGGCCUUGCGCGCCAUUGUUCUGGGUUCCUCCUCCUCUCCUGUGGGUGAGGGGAGCACCUUGUUGCAACAGAUCAAUAAAGAUCAGGCUUACGAGCUGCUUUGCUUCUCAAUAUUCUCUGGUUGGCCUCUGGGUUUUUCUCUCCGGCCGAUGGAGAACCUACAAAGGACUCUAUGAGGGCUCUUGUGUUCCCCAUAAGGGAAUAAGGACAGAUUUUCAUUUAUUACAGGAGGAAACUGGCAAAGGAGUUGAUUUUAUAUGAUUGUUAAAGCUAGGUAACUUCUCUGAGCUGUCAAGUCGAAAGGAUAUAUUUAUGCAUGAUAUUUGUAGCAUUUAACAAGAUGUGUCCCGUUCCCCCCCGUAAUUUCCGUAACAGUUUCAAUAAGCUUCCUCUGAGCAAGAGAGCUGGUGCGCUGUCAGGGUGGUUUUAGCCCAACAAGAAGUGUUUGGGGCGUGGCUUCUGGAGCCAGGUAUGGAGAAGGGCCUUAGCUCAGUUUGCCUGCGGAAGGUCCCAGGUUCAGUCCCUGCCAUUUCCAGGUAGGGCUGGGAAUCUGCCCUGCCUGAGACCCUGGAGAGCUGCUGCCAGUCAGUGUAGGCAACGCUAAGCUAAAUGGACCCAUCAGUCUGACUCCGUUCCUAUGCUCCUAUUUUAAACCAGCUGUUUGCUCCAAACCAUGAGACCUGGGAUCUUUAUUCAUGGGGUUAGAGACCAUAGCUGCUGCUGCCAGCCAGUGCAGACCGUGCUGGGGUGGGAAACAGAGAGGCCGGCUGGCCUGUUCCAGGUUUUUGCAUCUCCACUCUCAUCUGCAACCUGUGCCCCAAUUUCUCUGCCCAAAUUAAUUUGCCAGUCAAAUUCCCCCGACGUGAAGCGGCCGGCCUCGCCUCCUUUGUACUCGAGGCUGAUAAAGAACCUCCUCUGUCUCUUUCUCUCUUCAGACGUCUUCUGUUGCUUCCAGCCCCCCAUCCAAUUGGGGGUCUGCAUCCCUAGGAGGCCCCACUGACCCAACGCCCCGUGGCAUGAGCCAAAAUGACUGACAAUUCAGACUCCCGGGAGUCGGACAACAACAGCUGGGUGAUUGCCGGCUCUGAGGUGAGCAGGAGACAAAAGCAACCUGGGGAGAGGGGCGAAGGCUCUGUGGGGCAGGGGCAAGACAUCAGGGGUGGGGCAGCAUAAUGAACUCCUCAAAAGCCCUUUCCUCGUAGGCUUUUGGGUCUCCCAGGCCUGACCUCUUGUGAGGAGGACACUAGUUGGGGUCAGUGGGGAGCCAUAGAACCUGCUUAUUUUCUCUGUAGGCUGGGGGGGGUAGGGUAACCUGCAGCCCUCCAGGUUUUUAGGGGCUAUCCUCCUGGACUGUUGUCCUUGUUGCCUGGGAUGAUGGAAGCUGGAUUCCAUCAGCAUCCCUUGGAAGAUGUCCCAUCCCUGAAGUUGGCAGUGAGGUUUGAAGCGGGUGGGCAACCUCAGGCUGGGAGGGCGUCCUCAAACCACGCCCACUCUCCCUGGGCCACACCCAUCUUUCUAGGCCACACCCCUUUCCUGAGGCCACGCCCUCUUUCCAAGAAACAUCAGUCUACCUAGGGCACGCCCAUCUUUCCAGGCCACACACCCCUCCCCUCAGGCCACACCCCCUCACCAGCAUUGCUUCGUACCCUCUUGAGGGGGUGGAAUGCUCCUUUGGAUGGAUGAUUGGGGGAGGGGUGUGUUUAUUAACUGGUCUACUGUACACAGGUAGGGACGCGGGUGGCGCUGUGGGCUAAACCACAGAGCCAGGACUUGCCGAUCAGAAGGUCAGCGGUUCGAAUCCCCAUGACGGGGUGAGCUCCCAUUGCUCGGUCCCUGCUCCUGCCAACCUAGCAGUUCGAAAGCACCUCAAAGUGCAAGUAGAUAAAUAGGUACCGCUCUGGGGGAAGGUAAACGGCGUUUCCGUGCGCUGUUCUGGUUCGCCAGAAGCGGCUCAGUCAUGCUGGCCACAUGACCCAGAAGCUGUACACUGGCUCCCUCGGCCAAUAAAGCGAGAUGAGCGCCGCAACCCCAGAGUCAGUCACGACUGGACCUAAUGAUCAGGAGUCCCUUUACCUUUACCUAUACUGUACACAGGUAACAUUUGCAUCAGUUGCUCCGCCCACUUUUGCCUCUGGCCCCACCCACUUGGGACAUGCAGCCCCUCAGAAGGCAAGAAGAUGCAGCCAAUUGAAGCUGGAGCCUUCCGUAGGCAGAGGAGAUCCUGAGCUACGAUCCCUUCCUUUCUUCACCAGGCUUCAUCUCGCCCACCAUCACCCACCCUUUGGCCCAUGGGACCGUUUCCCCCUAAACCACGCCCACUGCCUCCGGGCAAGGUGUCAUAUGUGGGGCAGGUGACCAUGGGGAGACAGUCGGGAGCUCAAAGCAGGUCAUCUUCUCCCGCUUCCGCCCGGCAGCUGAUGGGCAAGAGAGGGACCCCUGUGCCUUUCUCCUGCAGCGCCAAGUGGCUUCCGUUGGAAAUCCCUGUAGAAAUGGAGCUUGCCCCUUCUCAUUUUAGCAGGGGGCUCAGUGCAAAGCGCUUGGUGCUAGGGAGGCAGAAAAGCCCCCUGCGCUACAGUUCCCAAGCACCUGGCAACCAGCUGGCCAUCAAACCCUUGCGGGAGCUCCUUAUAAUGGACUUUGGUGGGUGGGCAGGGGCAGUUUACCUGUAUUAUUAUUAUUAUUAUUAUUAUUAUUAUUAUUAUUAUUCCACCCUCCACCCUAAGGUUCCAUGGUGGGUUGCAACAUUUAAAGCACAAUAUAACAAACACUUUUAAACAACUUACAGUCAGGAAAAUAGGGUGGGCCCUAAAAAAUAUAAUAAUCAACCUCAAAUAUAAUGAUCAACCAUGGGCAGUUGAAUUCACCCUGCAUGCCUAGGUAUUUUGCUUUAAAAAAUAAAUAAAUCUCUAUUUCUGAUUCUUUAUCACAGUUGUUCUCUUCUUCUUUUGUAUCCAAGAAUAAAUAAAUAAAAACAUAGUUGCAAAACACACACACACAACCAUCAUGAUGUUGAGUGAUUGACAAGUGGGUUGCCCCACUCACCUGCCAAAGUUCGCCCACAGGGGCGGGGCCAGGUAAAGAUCCUCCCCCAUCCCACUCUAUGAGAAAAAGGGAAAUUUUGUGAUCUCUAUUUUCGACGUGUUUUGCCCCUCCAGGCUCUACCUGUAGAAGACCUUGGCUUGGAAAUGCAGCCUGGGUCUGAGCUGGCCCAGGAAGAGACACAAGGUAUGUAGCAAUGGAUGAGGCCCUUGCCCAGCCCGUAGCUGCCUUCCAUGCCCUUUCCUGACCCCACCUGGCAUUUCCUGAACUCCCCUGUUGCUUUGCAAUCUCUUCAUGAUACUGCAAGCUGGACUUUAGUAUAUAAUGGGGAAGCUGCUUUGCAUAUGGGGUCCGGCUCACCCCACUGCUCUGAAGGAGGGAAGCAUAUUUUCAGUGAUGGAGGAUACCUGGUAUUUUCAUCAGACCCUGUUUGGUCAGUGUGUGUGUGUGUGUGUGUGUGUGUGUGUGUAUCCCAGGCAUGAGGGCUGAAUGCAGCCCUUCUAGCCCUCUUACUCUCUGGCCCUUGGAACUUUCACCAGGCCACACCCCCUUUCUCCAGGCCACGCCCCUUUUCUCAGGCCACGCCCUUCACCAGUCCUCCUUUGCACCUUCCUUGGGUGUUUUUGCCUGGCUGAAACUUGUCCUUGAACCUGACACCCCUUGCUUCGUCCAUGUUUGCUUCUGGCCCUGCCAACUCCUGGCAUGCGCCCCCCACCCGGAAGUUGCCCAGAAGGGAAUGCGGGCCUCUGGCUUUGAAAAUGGUUCCCCACCCUGGAUCAUAGCUGUCAGCUUUCAGAUUUGAAAAUAAGGGAUUGGCAGCCUCGAAAAUAAGGGAUCAGCAGCCUCACCUGUCCCGGGGUGACAAUCUAACAAUCCGGGAUAGCAGCGGGAAGCAGCGCUGGAAUAAGGGAAUUUCCCGCAAAAAAAGGGAAGGUUGGCAGCUAUGCCCUGGAUGCAGAUGAACAUAAUAAACGCAUUCGUUUACUAGCUUUAACACAGGCAUCUUUUCGGACAGCCCCUCUCGACGAGAGCAAAACCCUCGUCGACCGCCCUGAUGCAGACGGCGCCAGUCAGAAGGUACAGCAUUCGCUUAAUUCUCUGCAUGUAUAUGAGAAUUCUCCAACUUUGGGGCUUCGUUCCUCUUUGAACCCAAUUCCAUUUGGCAAUUAGCCAAACGAUCCACACAGGCCCUCUUCUCUUGGGGCCUGCCUGCUGUGGCCACAGAUGCACCCUGGAGGUAAGGCAGUGGGCAGUAGUAGGCCCAGCGCCCACAGCGAAAAUUCUGUGGGUGCCCAGGCACCCAGGGCCCCCUGGAGUUGGCAGCAGUGCUUUGGACAUGUAAAUGGUGGUAAUUGGCCAAUGAAAGCCAUUACUGUACAAAGAAACUGGUCUGACCAAAUUUUGCACGGUGGCUCCUCUUACCUGGAUACAGUUGAGCACCAUUUUGUGUUUUUUCCUUUUUUUUCUUUUUAUCGGUUUUCACAUAUUACAUUACAAUACAGAUGUACCAAAGCCAACGCCAUUUCUUCCCCAUCCCCCCAUACAUAUACAUUUUUAUUUAUAUUUAUAUACAUUUAUAUUUCCUCAAUCCAUCAUAUUAUUCUUUUCUCCUUCCUCCCACUUCCCUCCGCCCCCACUCGAUUUCCUCCACAUUAUACAAUUUACAAUAAUCUUUGCAUUCUACAAUCUUCUCAAAUCAUCUAUAUAUUCUUAUUAUCUUUCCUUACUAAUUUUUCUUCCAACUAGUACUUCACAUUUUAAUCUAGGCAUAUUAGCGUAUCUUUUUUUGGUUGGGCACCAUUUUGAACCAAGAUGGCAGACUGAACCUUUUAAAGCUACACCAAUUUUUUUUGUAUCUUAGAACUCUCAAGCAACACUGGAUAUGAGGUUGCCAGGAAGUAGGCACACACACACACACACACACACACACACAUAUUCACAAUUCGAGUACAAUGCCGAUUUUACAAGCAUCCUUAUCUCUCUCGCGCGAUCCAGGGUCCUGAGGUGGUGGUGGACCCCAGUUCUGAAGAAACCCCCACGCUAGUCAAGACCCCAGAGCCCGCCCUGUCACAUGCAACGGAGGCCAGCACCUGCGAGGCUGAGGAAGAAUCUGUGCCUGUCCCACAGGGAACUGUCUUCAUCCACAAAGCAGGUGACUUAGUUCCAUCAGCAUAGGCAGUUCUUUGUGGAAUAAUGCGGAGGCCUUUGACAGAUCUCUGCCCCAAGCAGCCUACACAUCUACAUUUUGGCUGCCGGAAGAAGCAAUAGAGGAAGUGCAGAGGGCAAGGAAACAGAACACAAAUCCAAGCAAUUGCAUGUGUUUUAGGCUUCAUGUUAGUGUCUGGACAAAUGUGCUUAAUGACUUAGUUGGGGCAGAGAUUCUUGUCAGGUCUAAGGGCUGCAUUUAUUUGUGGGCAGCUUUCAGGGGGCCACAUUCUAGUGGUGGACAUAUCCCGGAGGCAACAGUAGGUGGAACAGCAAACGAAACCUUAGCUUUGUAGGGUCGCCAGAGGCCCUUGCUUACAGAUGUUCACUCGCUCUGACUUCAUCCUGGCAAGCAGAAGGUAUUAUUGCAGGUCAAGAGCAGGGUUCCAAUCAAGGAGGAUGUGGAGCAGGAACCAUGAGGUUCAGAGGUAGGUUCUACCUUUAUGUUGAAUUUCCACAAAGAGAGCUCAGGGUUCAGGAGCAAAGAGGGUGACUCGCCACCUCUCCAUCCGCAACCUGUAAAAGCUUCUUUGCUUGGUUGCCAGGAGCAAUUUCACCCUCGGCAUAGGUGAGCGGCCACAGGUGAGCCUGUUUUCUCCAGCUGACGCAAUAUUUUGAUCCUCAUUUCUUGCCCUCUUCUUUUCUCUCCUUCCCCUUCCCAGGCCCUCUGGGGGAGGAAGAAGGGAACAAUUCCAGCAGUGGGGAAGAAGCGUCCAAGGAGCGUGACGUCGAAGGCCUGCGCAGGCGGAAGGGGCGGGACGCGCCCCCCAUUCUGCCGGGGGCCGGCAGAGAUCGCGGCGCGGAGGCCUUCGAGGGCGACGACGGUGGCCUUCCCAGGACAAAAUGGCUGUUCGGGUUCCUUGCCCUCUUAGGUUUGGCCUUGUUGGCAUCCUUGGGUAAGCGGUGGCCUUGCUAGGGUGGGGCUAACUCUGCUAGCUGUUCCCUCUUGGAUGGGCCUGUGACAGUCUUGAUAAUAAUAAUAAUAAUUUAUUUAUACCCCGCGCAUCUGGCUGAGUUUCCCCAGCCACUCUGGGCGGCUCCCAAUCAAGUAUUAAAACCAAUACAGCGUUAAAUAUUAAAAACUUCCCUGAACAGGGCUGUCUUCAGAUGUCUUUUAAAGAUAGGAUAGCUACUUAUUUCCUUCACAUCUGAAGGGAGGGUGUUCCACAGGGUGGGCGCCACUACCAAGAAGGCCCUCUGCCUGGUUCCCUGUAACCUCACUUCUCUCAGUGAGGGAACCGCCAGAAGGCCCUUGGCGCUGGACCUCAGUGUCCGGGCUGAAUGAUAGGGGUGGAGACGCUCCUUCAGGUAUACAGGACCGAGGCCGUUUAGGGCUUGAAAGGUCAGCACCAACACUUUGAAUUGUGCCCAGAAACGUACUGGGAGCCAAUGCAGAUCUCUCAGAAACGAUGUUAUGUGGUCCCGGCGGCCGCUCCCAGUCACCAGUCUAGCUGCCACAUUCUGGAUUAAUUGCAGUUUCCGGGUCACCUUCAAAGGUAGCCCCUCUAUGUUAACCUUUUUGCAAACCACGGUGAGGGCUUUUUUAAAAACAAUCAAAUGGCAUUUAAUGAAAUAAGUAAUAAUAAAGCCUCUUUGCCUCUCUUUACCUCUCUCUACAGGAAUCAUAUUUGACCAAGAUGAUGGUAAGUCUUGUUUUAACUCCCUUUCCCCACCAGUGGGGAGCCACAACAGAACCCCCCCCACACUAUUUUGCCGGCUUAGAAAGAGGUUCUAUAACAUAUAGAAUAAGAGAACAAGAAGAACAUACAUUUAAAGAAGAUUGGGAAAUGUUUCCUGAAUAUAUGGGGCGGGGUAUUGUGUACGUUUGAAAACAUUGGCAGCAUUUAGUUAAAUUCAACAGGGUAAAUAAGUUCUGAUGCAUGUAAUAAUGGAAUGCUGAAUUGUUUAGUUUAUGUAAAAUAUGCAGGGAUUUAUGAUAUGCAGAAUGAACCAUGGAAGGAGAAGAAGGAAAGUCACUGAUAUUUUAAAGAUGUUUAAAUGAAUAUUCUGAAUUUGUAAAAGAGAAAAUUUAAUUAUAUAUAUGUGUGUGUGUGUGUAUAUGAAUAUGAAAGAGGCUCUUAAUUUUUUCAGCUCUCUCCUUUUUCUACUUUACAUCCUCCCCCUGCCCCGCCCCGGCUUUCUCCUACAGGCCCAGUGGACAUUUUCAGCACCUGGUCAAGCUCAGACAGUGAAGAGCCCCUUCCUGGCUCUGUUGGGGUGGUGAGUCUUUUUAUCUCUGUGCUGACGCAAGAGGGAACAGGGGGUUUCCUGCUUGGAGUUCUGGACAGCAGCUGCCAGUCUGUGCAGACAGUACUGGGUCUGGGUCAGCAUAUGGAAUCUUCUUGCUGGCUUGCUGCCCAGCCAAAGAUUCCAGCCAAUGGGAUGCCUUGGGAGGGUCAGGAGGGCGGAGCCCUCAGGGACCAACACUUGGCUGUGAUGUUCAAAUCCUGAUGUUUGCAAAUAAUAAUAAUAAUAAUAUUCCCCAACUACUCUGGGCAGCUUCCAACAAAGUACUGUAUUAAAAUACAGCAGUCUGUUAAACAUUAAAAGCUUCCCUAAACAGGGCUGCCUUCAGAUGUCUUCUAAAAGUCUGGUAGUUGUCUUUCUCUUUGACAUCUGGUGGGAGGGCGUUCCACAGGGCGGGUGCCACCACCGAGAAGGCCCUCUGCCCGGUUCCCUGUAGCUUCGCUUCUCGCAGUGAAGGAAUUGCCAGAAGGCCCUCGGAGCUGGACCUCAGUGUCCAGGUUGGACACUGGGGGUGGAGACGCUCCUUCAGGUAUACUGGGCCGAGGCUGUUUAGGUCUUUAAAGGUCAGCACCAACACUUUGAAUUGUGCUCGGAAACGUACUGGGAGCCAACAAGGCUGCAGCUCACUGUGACUCCCCACCCCACCCCAGCAGGAUUGGGCAGCUUCACCCCCACGGGAACCCCCGGUUGGCGAUGAGCUUCAGAGAGCCAAGGAAGCGGUGAUGUCAUCAGAUGGUGACCGCCAGAGCCUGGAUUCCAUGGGAGUCUUGCUAGACAAGCUGGCCAAGGAGAAUCAAGACAUCCGGCUUAUGCAAGCAGAACUGCAGGUGGCUGGAGGGUCUGGGUGGAGCGAAGGAGGGCAGAGCAGCUCCUUUGCAUGCAGAAGGUCCACGGUUCAAUCGCCAGGGGCAUCCCCGAGUAGGGGGGGGAUUGUCCCCCACUUGAAAUCCUGGAGAGAUGCUGCCAGUUGGUGAAGACAGUAAAAGUUAGGUAAAAGGUGGUGCUGUGGUCUAAACCACUGAGCUUCUUGGGCUUGCCGAUUGGAGGGUCAGUGGUUCGAAUCCCCGCGGCAGGGUGAGCUCCCGUUGCUCUGUCCCAGCUCUGCCAACCUAGCAGUUCGAAAGCACACCUGUGCAAGUAGAUAAAUAGGUACCAUUGUGGUGGGAAGGUAAACGGCUUUUCUGUGCACCCUGGUUUCCGUCACAUUGUCCCGUUGCACCAGAAGUGGUUUAGUCAUGCUGGCCACAUGACCUAGAAAGCUGUCUGUGUACAAACUUGAAAGUGAGAUGGUCGCCACAACCCCAUAGUCACCUUUGACUGGACUUAACCAUCCAGGGGUCCUUUACCUUUACCUUAAUAAGUUAGGACCUGAUUCUUCUCUCUCAUAACAGUAGUCCCCCCUCCCCAUUUGUCAUUUGUCCCCCCACCCCAUUCAUAUCAUUUUCAUUACGUAUCCCAUAAUAUUUCAAAGCAUUUAUCAUCACAUACAAAUCUUUUUUAACACACAAUGUUUCUUCUUGACUUCCCGCCCCUCCUUUCCUGAUGUUUGAUUUUUACUCUUUUUCAUUAGCUGUUUUAUAACAGAUAUGUAUUUAUUAUCUAAGCCCAUCUACCGUUAAAUAUUUCGGUAAUCCACUGCUUAUAUUACAAAUCCUUCAUAUAUUGGUGAUAAUUUGACAGAUAAUCCAUCAAUGGUUUUCAUUCCUUCUUAAAUACUUAUGCGAGGGUUGCCAUAUUUCAAAAAGUGAAAAUCAGGACACAAAAGUUGUCCAGCUUUUCUUUUUCUUGGCCAAAGUUUUUUCAAAGUCAAACUUUGAAAUGUUAAAAUGAUUUUAAAAUUAAUGAAAUGUAUACAUUUGAAAAGGUAUAAAUAAAAACUUAAAAUAAAUAAAUUAAGAGCAUAGAAUGUGGGUCUAGGUGGGCGUUUUUAAUGACAGCAACAAUGACGAAAUAACUCCUUUCCGUCCUGAAUUUUACUGCUGAAACGAAUGCUCCACAGUUUUUGGGGAGCGGCCCUUAAUAAUUGUUCCGGGUUCCUCGGUCUGGUGAUGUUUUGUCACUUGCGUCCUGGGAUCCGGAUUUCCUCUCACGUCUUUGCUCCAGCGAACAAACGCGUCUCCAUUUUCCUUUCCUUUUGGAAAACCGCAGGCCCAGAAGGAGGAACUGCAGCUGCUUCUGCGCAAGACGGAAGGCGAGGCGCUGGACUUCACCUCUCAGCGGCAGAAUUUGGCCGCUGAGAACUCCAGGCUGGCGGAGGCGCUGAAGCGGGAGACGGCCUCCCUCCUCGCCACGCGAGCCGAGCUCCAUCUUUUGCGGGAGAAGCUGGCCGAGGCGGGCAACUCCAAAUCCCAGCCGCGCCCGGAAAAGCUGCCCUCGCAGGACCGCCAGCGGGAAAAGGCAGAGAGGCCCGAAGCCGAAAUACGGCGCCUGCGCUCCUUGCUGGCGUCGGUGCGGCGGGACUUGGGGAGGGCCUUCCAGAAAGUUCCGCCCGGCAACGUGUCCGAAGGGCUCCGGAAGGAACUGGACGGCGUGGAGAGGAGGGUGGCCCAGGAACUGGAGGGGGCAGAAGAGGGGGCCAAACCGUCCUGGAAAGAUGGCCACAAAGCCAAGCGAGGGAAGGAGAAAGCCUGGCACAAAAGGCACAAUGGCCACGAGGAGCGCAAGCCCACGCACCACGGCGAAGGCCCAGAGAAGGAACACCGUCCUCCGUACAAGGCUCCCAAGAUGGGCAACGACGGGCCGCACCGUCCCAGGAAGCACCAGGGGCCGCGAGACGCCAAGCCGGCCAGAGACGGGGAGCACCGGAAGGCCAAGAAGCCCGCUGAGCCCGGUGCAUUGUGGGAAGCGCUGGCCAAGCACCCGUACCGGCCUCCUCAGGGCUGCGCAGGCGUCGGCGAGUGCGCCCGGCAGGAAGGGUUGGAGCCAGUGCAGAAGCUGCGCUUCUUGCCCAUGCUCCAGAGCUACCUGGCUGGGCUGGGCUGGGCCGAGCACUACGGAGGACUAGUGGCCGCCCUCGACGGCUACUUUGGGAGCGACGGGGCCUUUGCCCACGACCGCCUGAGCUUCGUGGAGCUCCUAGAUGAGGUUGAGGACGCGCUGGAGGAGCUGGCGGAACAGCUGGGGGGCAGCGAAGAGGAAGCGGAUAAUUUCGAGGAGGUGAUCCUGAGGCAGCUGGGGGCAGCCCCUGCGGGCAGGUGAGAGAGCCUGCGAGGUUGCAGGUGCGGGAGACGCUCUAGGGCAGGGGUCAGCAAACUUUUCCAGCAGGGGGCCGGUCCACUGUCUCUCAGACCUUGUGGGGGGCUGGACUAUAUUUUUUUUGGGGGGGGGAAUGAACGAAUUCCUAUGCUGCACAAAUAAUCCAGAGAUGCAUUUUAAAUAAAAGCACACAUUGUAUUCAGGCAGGCCCCACAAAUAACCCAGAGAUGAUGAAGAAGAAGAGUUUGGAUUUGAUAUCCCGCUUUAUCACUACCCAAAGGAGUCUCAAAGCGGCUAACAUUCUCCUUUCCAAUAAUAAUAAUAAUUAUUAUUAUUUAUACCCCACCCAUCUGGCCGGGCCUCCCCAGCUACUCUGCGCGGCUUCCAAAAAAAUAUUAAAAUACUGUAAUACAUCAAACAUUAAAAGCUUCCCUAAACAGGGCUGCCUUCAGAUGUCUUCUAAAAGUCUGGUAGUUGUUCUCUUUGACAUCUGGUGGGAGGGCGUUCCACAGGGCGGGCGCCACUACCGAGAAGGCCCUCUGCCUGGUUCCCUGUAACUUGGCUUCUCGCAGUGAGGGAACCGCCAGAAGGCCCUCGGUGCUGGACCUCAGUGUCCUGGCAGAAUGAUGGGGGUGGAGACGCUCCUUCAGAUAUACUGGACCGAGGCCGUUUAGGGCUUGAAAGGUCAGCACCAACACUUUGAAUUGUGCUCGGAAACGUACUGGGAGCCAAUGUAGGUCUUUCAAGACCGGUGUUAUAUGGUCUCGGCAGCCGCUACCAGUCACCAGUCCAGCUGCCGCAUUCUGGAUUAGUUGUAGUUUCCAGGUCACCUUCAAAAGUAGCCCCAUGUAGAGCGCAUUGCAGUAGUCCAAGCGGGAGAUGCACCACUCUGGCAAGACAGUCCGCAGGCAGGUAGGGUCUCAGCCUACGUACCACAUGGAGCUGGUAAACAGCUGCCCUGGACACAGAUUUGACCUGUGCCUCCAUGGACAGCUGUGAGUCCAAAAUGAUUCCCAGGCUGCGCACCUGAUCCUUCAGGGGCACAGUUACCCCACUCAGGACCAGGGAAUCCUUCACACCUGCCCGCCUCCUGUCCCCCAAAAACAGUACUUCUGUCUUGUCAGGAUUCAACCUCAAUCUGUGAGGUGAGUGAGGCUGAGAGACUUCAGAGAAGUGUGACUAGCCCAAGGUCACCCAGCAGCUGCACGUGGAGGAGCAGAAACGCAUACCUGGUUCACCAGAUUACAAGUCCACCGCUCUUAACCACUACACCACCACUCAUGUAAAAACACGCUGAUUCCCAGACCAUCCGAGGGCCAGAUUUAGAAAUCAAUUGGGCCGGAUCUGGCCCCCCAGCCUUAGUUUGCCUACCCAUGCUCUAGGGGCUUUAAAUGUAUGGUUUGAAUGCGGUCCCACUAAGCUUCGUGACCAAGUGGGGGAUUUGAACCUGGGUCCCCCAGGUCCUACUGCGAUGCUUUAACCGAUUAUGCCGCCACUGGUUCUCACAUUUAUUCCAUCACCUAGCUAAGCUAUGGGACUCGAUUCCACAGGGCACAGUGAUGUACCCCGACCUAGAUGUCUUUCAGAGACAAAUUCAUGGAGGAGAGGACUAUUGGUGGCUAUUAGCCACAAUGGCUGUGCUCUGCCUCCACAGUCUCAGGCAGUCCUGCUUUUGAAUAACAACAACUGGAAACCACAGCAGGGGAGAGUUGCUCUUGUGUGUGGGUCGUUCUUGUGGGUUUCCCACGGGGGCAUCUGGGGAGCUGCUGGGAGAACAGGAAGCUGGACUAUAUGGGCCAUUGGCCUGAUCCGGAAGUCUCUUCUUAUUUUCCUAUUUUUACGGUAUAUUUUCCCCAUGUCAUACGUGGCUCUGAGACGUUCCUGGUUGUGGGGAGCGAGAAGGGGAAGCAGAUUGCCAAUGGUGUGCUCUGCACCUUCAUGGCUCAAUGUUAUGUACUGAAGUUCUCACCCUGGGCCAGCAGGGGGAUACUGUAGAUAGUUAUGCAAAUAAGGGAUCGAAAGUGACAUUCAGUGAUUGGAUAGUUUUAGAAAAUUGUUACAGUUACGUUGUGCUGGAGCUCUAUAUAAGCAGGCUGACUGAGCCCUUCAGUUCAGUUCUGUUCUGGCCUGUGAAUAAACAAGAGCUGUUUGAAGAAUCGCUGUGUCGUCUGAUAUGCUCACCCACAACUUAACACUCAAUGUUAUCAGCCUUAACCUUAUUGCCUUCUCCCCAGAUUCACGCAGCGGGACAGCAGCGCCCAGCGCCACCCGAAGGAGAGGAACCCCGAGGGACACGGGCGCAAGAACGGGCGAGAGAGCACCAGCUGGCCCCAUGGCUAGGAUGGCAGGACCCGCCAGUACUAAUCUGGCUCAGGGUGGGGAGGGUAAAGGAGUUGGGCCUAUCAAGGAUUACUUGAUGUCCCGGUGGAGGGGUUGGUGCCAUUACUCGUUGGCAGGGAAGUGUCUUUAUCAACAUGCCAAGUUCUGAUGUGUGGGGUCACCCAGAUACAUUGUCCUCCCUCCCCCCAAGUCCACUCAGAGCCCUCCAUCCCCACCCACCCCACCCCAAGUUUGCUUCCACUCAGUAAUGACCAUUAGUAGAGGCGUUUGGACAGUUGGAUUAUCGUCAGGAAAGCAAACCUUUUUCACCCCAUGUCCCCUCCUGUUGAGAGAGAUCUUUGCUGGGGGUGGAUGAGGGUCUCUCUAUAGGGCCUUCCCACCCAGAUCCGGGAGGUCCUGGCUCACCUCUCUUUUGGCUCGGGAUAAGUACAGUGGUACCUCGGGUUAAGAACUUAAUUCGUUCUGGAGGUCCGUGCUUAACCUGAAAUUGUUCUUAACCUGAGGUACCACUUUAGCUAAUGGAGCCUCCCACUGCUGCCACCGCGCAAUUUCUGUUCUCAUCCUGAAGCAAAGUUCUUAAUCCAAGGUACUGUUUCUGGGUUAGCGGAGUCUGUAACCUGAAACCUCUGUAACCCGAGGUACCACUGUAAUUGUGCCAAAGGAAAAAUGGAUUGGAACCCCAAAUUAGAAAUAGGACGCCAGCGAGAUUUUGCUUCUCGGGACGCCGUGACCUUGCUGUUGUCCCUUCUAAACUCUGAAAUUCUCCCGAAAUUCUCAUCCUCCUCUCUAAUUAGGAAUGGUGAAAAUGGGGGUAUCAUUUCCUCACCUGGUGGGGGUGGGGAAGGGUUGAGUCACUUGUGGGGAUGGCUUGUUUUCCUUCUUCCCCACCCCACAUUCACCCCCUCCCUACUCCCUCACAAUUUCUUGCACUGUGAGUGUGUCGGAAACCAAAUAAAGGCACUGAUUGUUCCUUUCUUUCCAA